AUGGUCGUCGUUGCUAGUUCCCUGCUUNGCUAUGAGACACCCACUGGUGAAACCAUUGCGAGCGAUGAUGCUAUUCUUCGGUUAUUGCCAUGGCGCGAACUUAUGGUUCUUCGAGGCACGAUGGCGUCGCCUCUCAAUCAAGGCUUCUGCACUCGUAAUCCACUUGAUUGCUUCCAAAUCGAAUGGAAUCGGUCGGAAUUGGGAUUGGAAUCGAAUGGAAUUGGUCCAGAAUUGGUUGGAAUUGAUCCGAGAUAG